UUCAGGCUUGAUUACUUUCUUCUUUUUUUUAUAAUAAUGAUAAUAAUAAUAAUAAUAAUAAUAAUUAUUAUUAUUAUUAUCGUUAUUAUUAUUGACUUCGGCUCACAUAUACUUGAUAUCGUAACUGACAUUCAUACCAAUGAGGAUAAUAAUAAUGUCUACAGUCAUUUGUUACCUGACUAUGACUGUAAAUUUCUACUCAGAAAAGGUGCAACCCAAAAUGGAAUUUACCAAAUUUACCUGCCAAAACUAGGCAAAUUUGAGGUGCUUUGCGAUAUGGAAACAAGUGGUGGUGGUUGGACUGUCAUACAAAAAAGAGAGAAUGAACAAGUGCACUUUGCAAAUAGAACUUGGAAUGAAUACCAAAAUGGUUUUGGAGAGUUAAAUACUUCAUUUUGGCUUGGUUUAGAUAAGAUUCACGCAUUAGUAGCAAAGGAUGGUGGAGUUCCAGUCACGUUGAGAAUUGAGUUGCGUGGUGAUUUUUGCGAGGGAGACAGUGGUUGUUCCAAGCAACCAGAUGGAUUUUGGUGGGGCGAAUGGGAUUUUAAAAUCGCAGAUUCAUCGCACAAUUAUCGACUUACAAUAUCAGCAGCUGUGGCUGGCAAUCUUUCAGAACGUACCACAACUGAUCGUUUUCAUUACAUGAAUAAUCAAAAACCGUUCACAACCAUUGAUCGUGAUAACGAUAAUUUUCAAGGCAAUUGUGCACAGUUUCGUGAUUUCGGAGGUUGGUGGCAUAACGAUUGUGGCUAUGUUGCACUGAAUGGGCGAUAUGGCGAUCGAACAUCGAAAAUGCGAAAUAUGUUUUGGUUUUAUGGUAGUGGUAAACGUCCAUUUGUGAAUUAUUACAUCAAACCCAGGCAGUCACAAAUGAAACUUCGAUCUAAAAUUUGA